GGGAGGAUUUAGAAUCCUCAGCCAGGGAGCUCUUAGGCCUCGCUGGACUACAAGCCCCAGGAUUCAACAGAGCAGUCAAAGGGGAAUAAUAGCAGCACUACCAGAGUGUAGAGCAGUAAUGAGACGCUGCCCUAGAGGGAGGAAGAAGCACGGUGGAGAACUGAGAGGCCACCAUACGACUCUAUUGUCCAGACCACAAUACUAGUCACACAUUCCUUUAGCCUUAAGAGAGGGAUGCAACAGAGCCCAUGCAAGACUGGAUGACACCCAUCUUGAUGACAGAAUGGCUCACUUUGAUACAGAGUAUCAGCGGUUGGAAGCCUCAUACAAUGACUCUCCCCCUGGAGAAGAGGAUUUGAUGGUUCACAUUGCUGAGGGCAGCAAAUCUCCCUGGCAUCAUAUUGAGAAUUUGGAUCUCUUUUUCUCUCGUGUUUAUAACCUGCACCAGAAGAAUGGCUUCACCUGUAUGCUCAUUAGUGAGAUCUUUGAGUUAAUGCAGUUCAUUUUUGUUGUGGCCUUCACCACAUUUCUUGUCAGCUGUGUUGACUAUGAUAUUCUCUUUGCCAAUAAACUGGUGAAUCACAGCCAGCAUUCCAGUGAUCCAGUCAAGGUGACCUUGCCUGAUGCCUUCCUGCCUCCCAAUGAAUGCAGUGCUAGGAUUCAGGCCAAUGGCUUUCUGCUCUCCAUCCUGGUGAUUGCGGGGGUCUUCUGGAUCCAUCGGCUGAUCAAAUUCAUCUACAACAUUUGUUGCUAUUGGGAGAUCCAUUCUUUUUACAUCAAUGCGCUCAAGAUUCCUAUGUCCAAUUUGCCCUACUACACAUGGCAGGAGGUACAGGCACGCAUUGUGCAAAUCCAGAAGGAACACCAGAUCUGCAUCCAUAAGAAGGAGCUGACUGAGCUGGACAUCUACCAUCGCAUCCUACGUUUCAAGAACUACAUGGUAGCCAUGGUGAACAAGUCACUACUGCCUGUGCGCUUCCACCUUCCUCUGCUGGGUGACACAGUCUUCUAUACACGUGGCCUCAAGUACAACUUUGAGCUUAUCUUUUUCUGGGGGCCAGGCUCCCUAUUUGAAAAUGAGUGGAGUCUUAAAACAGAGUAUAAGCGAGGCAGCAACCGCUUGGAACUGGCUGAUAAACUAGGCACCCGCAUCCUUUGGAUUGGCAUUGCCAACUUCCUGCUCUGUCCACUUAUCCUCAUUUGGCAGAUCCUCUAUGCUUUCUUCAGCUACACAGAGAUUCUUAAGAGAGAACCAGGCAGCCUGGGGGCUCGUUGUUGGUCCCUUUAUGGCCGUUGCUAUCUGCGACAUUUCAACGAGUUGGACCAUGAGUUACACUCACGGCUCAGCAAAGGCUACAAGCCAGCCUCAAAAUAUAUGAAUUGCUUCAUUUCACCCUUGCUCACUGUUGUAGCCAAGAAUGUGGCCUUCUUUGCUGGCUCCAUCCUCGCUGUCCUCAUUGCUCUCACAAUUUAUGAUGAGGAUGUGCUGGCUGUGGAACAUGUCCUUACUACUGUCACAAUCCUGGGUGUGGCUGUCACAGUCUGCAGAUCCUUCAUCCCAGACCAGCACUUGGUAUUCUGCCCAGAGCAGCUGCUCCGGGUGAUUUUGGCACAUAUCCACUACAUGCCUGACCACUGGCAAGGCAACGCCCAUCGUUAUGAGACCCGAGAUGAAUUUGCCCAGCUCUUCCAAUACAAGGCGGUGUUCAUUUUGGAAGAGCUGCUUAGCCCUAUUGUGACUCCCUUGAUCCUCAUCUUCUGUCUGAGGCCCAAAGCUGUGGAGAUCAUUGAUUUCUUCCGCAACUUCACAGUGGAGGUGGUGGGGGUGGGAGACACCUGCUCCUUCGCCCAGAUGGAUGUACGCCAGCAUGGACACCCUGCAUGGAUGUCAGCUGGGAAGACGGAGGCUUCAAUUUACCAGCAGGCUGAAGAUGGCAAGACAGAGCUGUCCCUUAUGCACUUUGCCAUCACCAACCCACAUUGGCAGCCUCCUCGGGAGAGCACAGCCUUCAUCGGCUUGCUUAAGGAACGUGUGCAUCGUGACAGCAGCCUGGCACUGGCCCAGCAGGCUGUACUCCCUGACAAUACUCUCUUCACUUCCAUCCAGUCACUGCAGUCAGAAUCUGAGCCCCACAGCCUGAUUGCCAAUGUGAUUGCAGGCUCCUCAGCCCUGGGCUACCAGGCAGUCCGUGAUGCCCAGGCCUCAAGGCAUCUCUCUGCUGUAUCUGAGGUGGCAUCUGCCCUGCGUUCUUUCUCUCCUCUUCAAUCUGCUCACACAGCCCAUGGGAGUGCCCAUGCAGAUGGUUCCCAGCUCCGGGGCCCUGGCACAAUGAUUGGCUCUGGGGCUGAUGCGAGGACUGCUAGCUCUGGCAGCAGUGCAUGGGAGGGUCAGCUUCAGAGCCUGAUCCUUUCAGAAUAUGCUUCUACUGAGAUGAGCCUGCAUGCUCUCUACAUGCAUGAGUUACACAAACAGCAUGCCCAGUUGGACCUAGAGCGGCAUCUGUGGCACCGACAGGAGAGUGAUGAAAGUGGUGAGAGUGCCCAAGAGGAGCCAGAGGCUCAGCGGAGCACCCCUGGCAGUAGCAUUCCUCGUUCAGCCAGCUAUCCUUUUGCUUCACCUCGUCAAGCUGGGGAUGAAGCAGCUGCUCUGCAAGCAGGAUUCCAGCGCCGGUAUGGUGGAGUCUCAGAUCCUGGUACAGUGAACAGAGCCCCCUCACACUUUGCUCGGCUGCCACUUGGAGGCUGGGCUGAGGAUGGCCAAACUGCUCGACAUCCAGAGCCUGUCCCAGAGGAGAGUUCAGAAGAUGAAUUGCCACCUCAGAUUCACAAGGUAUAGCGAUGAAGACUAAAGAUCCAAUGAGGAUUCAAAAUUCUGGGCCUGCCUCUGAUUACCUGAGUUUACCCUGCCCUACAAGGUAUGGGUUGGCUCAGGUGUCCAUGUCCUGGGCGUCAGUAACAGAAGGAGGAAGGUGUGAGGUCAGCAGUGCCUUUGUGGUAGGCAGAACUCUAUCCAGAUGUGCAUCAUGCCAGUGGCAUGCAAGCUGAGCAUAGGCUGGAUGCGUGUGUGAUUACAUAUAUUUGUCCGUGUCUGCAUAUGUGUCGUCCAUAUUGGAGAAUCAUCUGAGACCCACACAGAAUGCCACAGAGCACGCAGGAGAGCAGAGAGGUUGGUGGAUGCUCACCCUGCCUGAAAAGUUCCAGAGUGGGAGGAGAACCUGCUGUAUGGACCCUCAUAAGAGGCAGGAAAAGCUGUCUCACUCUCCAGACUUGCAACAUGAUCAAAGAUGCAAUCAAGAGAUAGAUUUGGACUCAGGAAAAAAAAGGGCUGUGUGAGAUUAUUUUUGUAAGAGGAAUGGGGCAUAGGCUUCCUCCAGUGACAGAGCCUGACUCAAAUGAAGCUUUCUACAGACAAAAAGGAGGUGCGGUGCAUACCUUCUACCAUUCACUCAUGCAUUUCAAAGCCAAGCCAGAAGGAGCAUCCCUAUAGUGCCAUCAUUACUUAGGGCAGAAUCUGCCUUCCUGUGGGCACAGUUGCACUGCACAGGGACACAUUGCUUUCUUGUCCUUGCAGUAUAAAGCACAAUCUGACCAGAUCCUAACCAGAAGGUUACUUGAACCAGUAUUUGAAGUGACAUAAUUUAACAUCCCACUUGCCAAAUAAUGCCAAGUCUGAAAUCCUCCGUCUCCAGGGAGAUGGAUCUGUUCUGUGGAAGCCCCUUUGCUCGUGUUUUGUUCAUCCUGCUAGACUUAAAACAGAAAAGGAGACACUGCACCACAUACUGCAUGUGUGUGCAUGAGAGAUAGAUAGAGGAGGGCAGUGAUUGACUCUCCAUCAUCAUGCUCUUUGAAUAUUUCUCAAAUCCUCAUACACUACAAAUUGGUGCUGCCCACUUGUGAUGCCCUCCUUUUGUACAGGUGCCUUGAUGGUAAGUCUUACAUUUCAAAAUAAAAUCUAUCACUAUAUUACCUAUUAGAGGAGCUUUGGAGUCUUACUGAAAUAGUUGGACUUUCCACCCUGUUCAACAGAGCAUCCUUAAGACCUGGCUUCAGAAGUCUUGCAGAUCCUAGUGCUUUCCCACCUUUAUAAAAGAACACUAUUCUGUCAGCUCCUGCACCACUCCUGCCCCAAUUGCUCUCUGGCCCCAGGAGAGCAGCAGAGAAUCUUGUGGCCUGCACAGUUUACAUUACAGCCUGUCCUUUUGGGGCAGCUAAUAAAAACAUCACAGGAAAGUUGGUCAAAUCCAGCCAAUCAUUGCAUGGGUUAAUGUUAGCCCUCUUUAAGAACCAUAGACCCCCCCCUCCCCCCACAUGUCUCUGUCUAACGUUAAUGUAGUUCUAUCUAGGGCCAAAGUCAGAGCACUUCUGUUGUUUUACAAUGAAUACUGCAACCUCCAUCAGCCACUUGCCAAAACCACUGCUUAGUGUGGGAAAAGAGGUUUGCUGUCACAAAUAAAACAUGCAUUCUUACUGUCUAUGGGUAUGAGUUAGGUUGUGCAGAGAUCCCCAUUACUAUAGGCUGCCCAUUGUUUUAGGAGCCCAGUAUCCUGAAAUUAUUUUCCCUUGUCCUUUAAGAAAAAUAUUAUAUGUCCCCAGCAGCCAAAGUACUGAUUUCAACUAGUGGCUUACCAUUGUUUGACAAGGAGAUUCCAUUGCAAGGACCAGUGCUAUCUCUUUCCCCCACUAGCUUCACAAAGGGGACAUGAUAAUUGUUUUGGGGUCAGCGUUGAAAUGGGAAUUGGUGAGCUGCUGCUUCAAAUAAUUUUCUUUUCAAAAAGUAUAGAACAGGCCUCUCUCCUGUCCAGAGGUAUUAGACUACCUUUCCCCCAUAUCUGCAAGUAUAGGAUGACCAUCAUCACCAGUUAGCAUGGUGGCUACUAGCUGGGGAUGAUAGAAAUUUUCAUCCACUAAUUCUGGAGGGAAGGCUAGUUCAGAAGUAUGGACAAGGCUGGGGUUAGCUGUGUCCAAUACUCCUCAGAUUUUAAGGAUUUCAGUGAAUGGCAUGGUAUUGAUUUGUGUCUUUCCCAUAAUGUCUGAUGGACUAUGGAAAGGGAGACAAGUUGAUAAUUUGUUAUUUUGAACUGUGCCAGCAUGGCAUCAGUUCCAGAGCAUCCAUCCUGGCCCUGCUCCCACCUCAGCAAAAUAUUGGUAGUCUUGGUCUGGCUGUGAAUAAAGAGGAUAUUUUAGCCAAAACACUGGGAUGGAGAGGGAGUGCCUGCAGCCUCAUAUUAAGCUUGUCUUUGCCCCAUCUCCAUGUGCAUGGAACAGCCACCUGCUGCCUCCUGUUUUAUUUAUGGCACAUGAGAGGCUAGGCUGUGAGUGUGUGGAACACUACAAGUGGUUUGUAAAACAGAGCUUAUGCCUGGCAUCCUGUGCAGUGCUGUCUUUCUACUGAAUAAAGAGGGAUGUUUAAAA